AACAACAUGCAUUAUAGGAACGGUCUCAAUAUGCGACCGCAGCCGUUCGAGUGCAGCAUUGUUCCACGCAGUGAAGAGAUUCGGCAAACGAUAGAGCGUGAGGGUAAGCGGGCACUUGAAGAGCUUGAACAGUAUCGCGGAGAAACCAAGUAUCGCAUGUCAACUUUCUACGCGAGAAACGAAAUCGUGAUGAAGCUUUAUGGAGGGGAUGAGAAGGAAUCCUCGUAGGGUAUUAUUGUAUUGUAUUAGGUACCUCUAAUACCCGAAAGUUAUCCACUAGUAAUAAGGUUCUAGUGACGAUGCGGGGGUGAUCGCACAGGCACGUUUUAGAACGUAGAUCCUCUAAAACAAGCUACAUGGAAUAAAAGUGUAACACAGCAAUAACGAGAAGAAAAGGAAGGUAACACAAGUAAAAAGCUCGCAGGGAACGCGUACCUAAAUAAGGGAGAAUGUAUUGUACAAUGCCGAAAGAUUCGCUCAAGUCACCUGAUUUACCUCAUCAAAUUCGCAAAUUCGGUACCCAACCAAAGACAUGGAAAUGUUGCAUGUCGCCUACGGAAACUUUCAAGCUCAUGCAAAAGUCAAUCUCGAAAUUCCUAAGCUAGCGCGUUUACUUUGAACCAGGUACAUUAGGUACCUAAAUCAAAUGUCUCUACUAUCAAUGUGCGGCUCAACGUCAAGAUUUAUCCGAAUCCAACCCGGCAUAGUCUUGAAAUAUGACGCAUUCAGGAAAGAUGAGCAAACCGCUGAGCAAAGCGCUGGGGGCCAGUUAAUACCUGCUCGUACCCCCAAUUGUUUCGUAGUCGAACGUCAAAUCUACGAGCACUUGGGAAAACACCCUAGAAUCAUCGAAUAUCUCGGAUAUCAAGAUAAACCGGGACUUCCGCCGGGACUGCUCCUUGCUGAGGCUAGCCAUGGAAGUCUUCAGAAAUAUCUCGAAAACCACGACACAGUUCCUCUUUCCAUCCAAAAGAAAUGGUGUCGGCAAGUUAUCGAAUCGAUCUCAUAUAUCCAUCAGCAGGGAGUAAUCCAUUCCGAUCUACGCCCUGACAAUUUACUUGUCCACGCUACCGCUGCAUCUCUCGAUCUUUACCUGUGCGAUUUCGGCGGCUCGACGUGUGAAAAACUCGGGCUAGAUGGUGGAAGCUUACCAGAUUCUGGGUUUUCCGAUCCCAAUUCCGAGUGCGUGUCAACGGAGACCACGGAUAUAUUUAGUGUUGCGUCUGUACUUUAUACCAUUCUUACUGGGCACUGGCCGUAUCGAUCUACAAAGGGAUUUUUCGACUCGGUGGAUGAGUUCUUGGCAUAUAUGCAGAUGGUUGAUAACUUAUUCGAGAAACGUACAUUCCCUAGCGACGUACACGCGCUUUGGGCCGGGGGUGUCAUUUUGAAGGGUUGGAUGAACGAGUACAUGAAUAUUGAUGAUAUGUUGCAAGCUCUGGAUAUGACAGAAGGGCCAAAAUUACCUAGUGGAAGUUUAACAUAGGUAAAGUUUAAACUACCUACCUGGUACCUACCUCCUAUCGAUAGGACCGGAUCAUCGGGAAUCUUAAGCUUAAGGAGAGUGCUGUAA